CAAAAUUAUUCAAUACAUAAAUAUUAAUAAUAGGUUUGUACAAUGCGACCACUAAAACGUAAAGAUAAAAAACAGAAGAGGAAACCACAUAAAAAGAGUAAAAUUCAUAAAACACACAAGAGACCACACAUCCUUAAUAUUGCACCGUCUGAUUUCGAUAUUAUCAAUCAAAUUAAUCGUGAUCAUAAAUACCAACUAAAAGACGUUAAGAAAACUUGGAAAGUCGUGCCAAAAGAUUCGUGUGAAGUCUACAAGGACCGACGCAGACGUGAAGAUGAACAGACUGUGUCUGAAAGAGAUACGGAAGGAAAUCAAAGAGAUGAUACUAACCAGAAAGCACAAACGAAGAGAAGAGUGAGGCGGCCUUUGAAAAGAGAUAGUCGAGGACGGUUUCUUCCCGAAUCUUCCAAAUGUUCAUGCUGUUCACGGACUCACUCGGAUACAUCUUACGAUACAGAGGCAUCUUACGACGAUUGAAUUUAUUU